AUGUUCUUGCUGCGCCGAGUGGCUCUCCCGCAAUCGCCGCUCGUCUCGCCGCUGCGCGAGCGAGGGCGGUUACUCACGCGAGGCCUCGCCAAGAAAGCCAAGGACAAGGGGAAGGGGAAGGCAAAAACUGCGGCCGCGGUCGACCCGGAGCCGGACGGCGACGGGUCGGCGAGCGGGAUCGACUUGGAGCGGCUCGAGGCGCAGCUGGAGAGGUCGGUCGGCAUCCUGCAGCGCGAGUUCCUGGGGCUGCAGGCUGGGCGCGCGACGCCUGCGAUGCUGGAGUCGCUCCAGCUCACGCUGGCGACGGGCGGCGCUCCGCUCUCUUCGGUGGCCAAAGUGCUCGCCCCGACGCCGCGCACGCUGCAGGUGUCGGUGUUCGACGCGGCGAACGUCGCCGCCGUCGUCAAGGGCAUCGAGGCGUCGGAGCUGGGGCUGGCGCCGGAGGUGGUUGGCAAGGCGGUCAAGGUGGCGCUCCCGCGGCCAACGCAGGAGGCGCGAGAGGCGCUGCGGAAGGAGGUCAAGCGGGCGGCCGAGGAGGCGCGGCAGGCGCUUCGCGGCACGCGGCAAAAGGCGAUGAAGAAGGCCAAGGCGCUGCCCUCGAAGGACGAGGUGAAGCGCGCGGAGAAGGACGUCGAGCGGCUCGUCGAGCGCUUCAUGGCCAAGGUCGAGACGGAACUCGGGAAGAAGGAGGAGGAUCUGAUGACAAUCUGA